CAGACAUCCUGAUCAGUCCCUGCACCUUACUCAGUGCACCCCAUUUGGUUUCCCACCCGGCGUUAAAUCUGAGUACCCAAUACUCGGGGCACUCGACUACAGCAAGCUAUGAGAAUAUUAUUCGGGAACUUUCCUAACAAAAUGUUCCUGAAACUCGAGUUUAUUUUAUAAAUUAUGGUAAAUUACAAAUAUCUCUUCAGAUUUUAGGCCCAAUUGACGUCCGAAAAUGCUUUAGGAAGCGUCAGAUUGAGGAACCCCCAUUUUACUCUCGACCUUCUACUUUGGCAUACGUUUUGGACAAACAUUUCCUCUUCUAGAAGGAAUUCAAAUUUAAGUUCGGCAGGCAUGCUCAGCCUUUUGGCCAAGAGGAUUCGGCUGAUGCCCAGCAUUUGGGCGCCCGAGACUUCGGCUCGGAUUAUUCACAUCAGCGCUCAACUGGAAAGGAGCUGCAAGUCGGAAACACCAUGUCCGGAGAGUCAGGUGCCCAUUUGCAAGACGAUCAGGAAGCGACCCUGCAGUUCCGCGGAUCCGCCGGUGCGUCCUUGCAGCGAGGAGGACUGUUCGCAUCCGCGAUAUCCCUGCUGUGUGAACACCCGCAUCGCGGGGAAUCCCUGCAUGGAGCCGAGUAAGAACGACCCGCCAUUAGUCUCCAUGUGGGAGGGAAUCAGCGAGAAGAAGCCCCGGCUGGGGGUCAUGUGGCAAUAUCCGGAGGAGUGCUGUCCGCCGUGCGGGGACGUCCGCUUCGACGUGCUCUACUACAAGCCAUCGGACAAGUGCCGCGACUUCCAGCGAACCUGGUGGGAGUGCUGUCCGCGAAUGGUGCCCAAGCGGGUUUGCUGCUGGUGCGACGCCAUUCCGCCGGAGGUUCUGCGUCGGGAUCUGCCCAUCUGUCCGCGAUCCGCUUGCCUGGCGGACCACGAGAAGAAGCGCUUCAAGUGCCUGAACAAGAAGUCCAAGGGCUGCACUCGCGUCCAAAUGCCGUGCUGUCGAACCUCCCGAAUUCCGCCCAAUUGCAAGUGGUUUCGGUCGCCCUCCGACUGCGAGAAGAUCAAGUGCCCGUUUCCCAGCUUCUCCGAGUGCGUCCAGGAGGAUCCGGCCAUGAUCCCACAACGUCCACCCGAAUGUAAAUGCCUGGCUAAUCGGUCGCUUUGCGAGGCUGUCCGACAGGCCCAACGCUUGUCCAAGAGCAACUGCUCAGGCUCCAAGGACUAAGAGCUUUAAAAAGAUGGAUUUCUUAGCUGUGAGCUCUACUAGGAUAUAUGAAACAUCCUGUGUAACAGAUAUCCUAACAGAGCACACAGCUCUAAAGUAACCCCUCCACCAGAAAACGAAUUCUCACCCAGUUUGUUUUCUGGUGAUGAUGGGUUUUCCUGCAUCAAUCACAGCAACCGGAAUAUCAGCCAGUAAAUCUGUCAGUGGAAAUA